UUCUAGUCAAUCGUCAGUCGUGGAGUAAGCGUCAUCAUAGUUCGUCAUUAUUGCGUUUUGGUUUUGUUGUUUUUAUUGCUAUUGCUACGCUCUUUCUUUCAACAUUUUUUCGGCGUUUUUUGUUAUUGUAGUGACGUUUUCGCUUGGCUUAGCUAUUUAAUUUGGAGUUAUUUGAAAAGGUUGUUGUUGCUGUUGUCGUUCUUGUUCUACCACUUGCGUAUCGGAGCGCAUGUAAACGGCGCGAUGUUUGAAUAAAAAUUUUCGGGCUUCCUGGAAAUCGUACAACGCGACCAUGCGUCAGUUUUGAAGUGUUUGUCCGUCGUGUCGGUGUGUCGUUGAAACUAGGCGGAAACCGGAUUUCUUAGUCAUUGAUAAAAAGAAAGAAAUAGCAACAACAAACAACAACUAUUUAAUAAGUAGAGUCAGCGCAGUGGCCAAGUGGAGUGCAGACGAUCACCGAAUUGAUGAAACAACAGCAAAAAAAUAAAAACAUUUAGUUUUAUCUCAAAAAAAACAGAAUAAAAACACUUUAAUAUUUCAAAACAAAAAAAACAAAAAGAACAUUCUGUGAUGCAAAUCUAGUCAUAUAUGCCGUUAAAUAUGAGAAAUCCACAUGAAUUCAACACAAAAACAAACGCAUAAAACUUACUAAAGUACCUCAGUAUGCAACAAACAACCAGCGCUAAUAGCCAAACUACUAUCAACAACAACAACACCAGCAUCACUAAUAACAACACCAGCACAAACACAACCAAUACAGCAGGCAGCACAACUGCAGCUGCAUCAACAAAACCAAAUAAUAAUAAUAAUCUUAAUAGACGAAGAAAGCCACAAGAAAAAAUGGCACAACAACAGCAGCAUGCUGAGCAAAGCGAUACGUCGCCGCCUGUUGACAACAAAAACAAAGAUUCCAAUCUGAUAGAAACGGGUUGUACGCGUUAUGGCAAGUGCAAGUGGUUCAAUGUGGCCAAAGGUUGGGGCUUCAUUACACCACACGAUGGCGGACAGGAAGUGUUUGUGCAUCAGAGUGUCAUACAAAUGUCCGGCUUUCGGUCGCUGGGCGAGCAAGAGGAAGUCGAAUUCGAGUGCCAACUAACCGAGCGCGGCCUGGAGGCGACACGUGUGAGCGGCAGCAAAGGACUCGACUGCACGGGCAGCACCUUUCGACCGCGCACGAAGAAGCGACGACGCGUACGCUGCUAUAAUUGCGGUAAAUUUGCUAAUCACAUUGCCUCGAUGUGCCCGCAGGAACCGCAACCCAAGCGCUGUCAUAUAUGCAAAUCCGAAGCGCAUUUCUUUGCCGAUUGUCCGAUGCGGCAGGAAUCAACUGCGAGUGCUGAGUCGGCGCCAAUAUCUAAUGACGAUAAGAGCCAGUGCGAGGAUGCAGCCACGUGAGAGUGACAGAUGGGCAGUGGCCGUGGGAAUGCAAUAGAAGGACAAAGAAUUACCUCAACAUUUCUCCGUUUAAGUUGCUCGCCGUUGCAGUGCGCUUUAAUUUACCACCGUUCGCCGCCAUUUUGAAGUAUUUGCUUGGACCAAUUGAAUGGCUCCUUGGCUGAAGAAUGCUUAGUACAAACUUGAAGAACUACUACAUUUUUACACACACAUAUACAUACAAAUAUAUAUACAUAUAUAUAAAUUAAGUGAACAUUAAUGCUUAGUUCAAAAGACAUUUUUAUGCAAAAAAAUUAUAAAAUGAUUAUUUAUUUUAAGUAUCCUUCAGGUAUCAUAUACUAUAAAUUACUAUCGACCUAGUUUUUUCUUUAGUGUAAACGUAUAUAUUAUAUAAUAUUUACUUAAGCUCAAUGAAGCAAGCAUUUGCAUGCAAUUAAAUGUACAAUCACAAUGCCAUUUUUAAGAGUACUUAGAUUUUAGGGAAAACUGUACAACCUACUACCUCGAAAAUACAUGCUGCAUUACAUUAUGUAUUUAGUUGUAAGUAUAUAU